GAGGGGGCGGGGCCAGGCGGGCACGAGGCGGCGGCGGCGACAUGGACGUGUCCCCAGGCCCGGUGCGGUUCCGGUGUCCCCCGGAGUUCGAGGCGGUGACACCGGGGGUGACACCGGGGGUGACACCGGGGGUGGCCCCGCUCGGGGGUCCCGGCUCGGAGCUGUGGCUGAUCCGCGCCCCCAGAGAUUUCUGUCCCCAGAGCCUGGAGGGUCUCGCGCUGCCCCUGAGCGGCCUCGAGCGGCUCCGCGACAGCGGCGACAGCGGUGACGUCAUCGGCGACAUCACUGUCGGCGACAUGAACGGCGACACCAAUGGCGACAGCGCCACCUGGGCGCUGCGGGGGGUCCGGGCGGGCGGUGGGGGAGGGGCCGCUCCCCCCCUCCCCCCCCCCCUGCUGCUGCUGCGCCCCUCCCCCCUCGGGGACACCCUGGUGACACCCGCGGGGUCCCUGAGGCGCUCUUGA